GGCUGGCCUAAAUCUAUGUAUUAAAUUCAUGUGUCUGUCUGCUUAUUGACAAUGAAAAUAAGCCAAUGAGCACGCGAGAAUCUCUGCAGUUAUUGAAAUUUUGUCCUAGCGCUGAGACGUCACGAAUUUAAUCUCAAUGAGUUACCGAUUUGCUCGAUUUUCCGUGGCGACCAAUUUUCUUCAAGAUUUAACAUGGUGUAUCGGGCGUCUUCUUUGCGAGGUUUAGCCAUCGCACAGAUGGUAUUUGGUGCUUUAAUGCUUGUCUUUGGAAUUGCAUCUAUUGCUGCUGUAGAUCGCUGGAUUUCGUACGUUGGUUUUGGAAUCUGGGUUGGCAUUUGGAUCAUCAUUACAGGAAUUUUGGGAUACAUCGGUGCAAAAGAUGACUUAACUCCAAACAAAUGUUUGAUUGGUUGUUUUAUGGGCUUCUCUAUCUCCGUUUGUGUCCUCACUGGAAUCAUGUUCAUCAGUUACUGCGUUGCUAUGGCGGAAUUCAAUGAGAUCAUACGUUGCAAGAAGAGUGGUUGGGAUCGUAGUUACUACAUGUAUAGCAACAAAUACUGCUACUCAAGCAGUUACAGACACACGGCUGCGGUUGGGCUUGGUUUAAGUUCUUGUAUGUUAAUAUUUACCAUAGUUGAGUUCAUUUUGGCCCUUUCAUCCUCCAUCUACUGCUGCAAUGCUGUCUGUUGCAAUGCUUCAACAGGUGUUGUGAACACCACUGUAACCAAUCAACAAGUGACUUACGUACAGCAGCCUCAACACACCUUUGCAGGGGGACAAGGUGGAGUGGUUAUCAUUCAACCGACCGGUGCAGUGACAACUACAACACACGGCUAUCCAGUGGUAGGCCAACCUGCUGUGUAUCUUCCACAGCAGCCAGCUGUACAUAUGCCAAUGCAGCAGCCUCCCUACUUUGCUGCACCACCAGGACCCAUCCCAACUGGUGCAUUAAAUGUGACCUAUGCUGGUGCUGCUGGUACUCAGCAACCACCAAGGGAUUCUGAGCAGCCACCACCUUAUUCCUACAUACAGACAGGAAAUGCACCACCAUUAGCAGGCUCCUCUGGCGAGACUCCUUCCGAGACCUUGCCUGUUGAUGUGUGAGCACAGCUGUGACUUGAGUGCAUGCUGCAAUGGGCUUACGUUACAGUAGCUCAUUACCUGUUGCUAAUGAGCCUGAUGAGCGAGUUCUUUCAUGUACAUAUAAUUGCACAAAGAGUGGUUGUUAUCAAAAUUCGUCAAUAAAUUUUGUUGACUCUUUAAUUUUCUAAAGGGAACCAUGUAGCUUGAUUUCUAGCUAUUUUAUGAGCACAGCAAUACCAGGGGUGGAUUUAGGGGGAGAUGGAUUGGGUGGCAAGUGACCCCCUCUUGGUGAAGCAAAAAAUUAAAAAUAUAGUGAAUGUUUUGGCAGAAAUAAACUAAGGCAAAAACUCUGGGCAGGUACCUUAUUGUAAUGUAUAGUUUACAGUGGCAUUGCUAGUAUUCCUAGUGUAACAGUUUAGAGUUAGGUUUCAAUUCUCAAAUUGUAACAUUUUAGUAGCAUGCUCCAUUGAUUCUGCAACUCUAUAGUACUAGCCACACCCAGAUCUUGUAAGAAUGUGAACACAACUCAAUAUUGAUGUAUGGUAGUCACCCAUACGGGGUUAAAAUGAACAAUGUUGGAGGCAGUCGUGUCUGAGUGGUCCUGGUUUUCAAGGCUUUCAAUUGCACCAGUGGCUGGGUUUAUUUCCAGUACAACUCAUUUCAUACUUUGUAAAUAGCUGCGUUGGCCUGCCUCCUGCCAGUUUGAAUAAUUUUACAAAAAUGGCAUGUGAAGAGCGUGUGACACGAAAUAAAAACAAUACAUUUUUAUUUCAUUAUUAACUUAGUAUUAUGUGGUUCUGCAAUUUUCGCCUAAAGCUUCCCUACAUAAAUUUGUUUUAAUUGUUCUUGAACGUGCGUUACUAUUAUUUAAAUAAAAUACUAGAAUAGUUUUGUAAUAUACUCUUCCAGAAGUUGAGGAACAAAAAACGGUUUUCAAAACAGAAUGUACUUGCUUCGCUUGCUUGAAAACAUUGUACAAGAAAUGCUUGCAAUACAUCUUUUAUGUCAUUAUUUAUCUUUCUUUCUUUAUUUAUUUGAUAUUUAUUCGCUGUUUGUUUAUGAGUGGUACUGCAAAGCAGUACAUUUUAUAUUUUUUAUGUGCACACAUCAUAUGCAGUUACCUUGUGGCGCAAUCGUUACUGCUUGUAACUUGUUGUCAAUUUAUGUAUUAAACGUUUGUCAACUGAA